GGGAUAUUUUCGAAGUUCUCUCACAGACAUCAUUAGAGGUACCAGUGAGCGCAUUGCAUUGGUGACCCCUGGUUUAGGUGUGAUCCCUGCUUUAGAAAUCAUGUCUAAAUUAUGGAUUAUCGUCAAUCCCACAGGGAAACAUGCAGGAGUACACAG